GGAAACCAAAUUUAUACAAGUCCCGCCUCUCGGUCUAAGAACCAAUCCGGUUUUACUAAGAAUCUGUUCGUCAUCGGCCCCGCGAAUUUCCUCCUUUUAGUUAAUAUGCUGAUCCUACUGCAUUAAGUCAACCAUAUUACGCAUAUUUUCACAACAUUAAGGCAGUAUGAACACAGAGCAGGCUGCUGAAACCCACGGUAGUGCAAAUAAGUGUCCAGCUUCGACACCAGAGGGGGACGAUUUGAAGGAAGGAGCGCUGAAAAGAACUCCAUUCUCAAAGUUUAAGAGGGUAAACGCCAACUUCAAAUCACCUCUCCAAGUAACUGAGAGUGCUAAAGUUAGCCCUGCAGAGGAGUUGGCAGAGCUGAAGAGGAGAGCAGAGCAGCUGGAUACAGAGAUAGCACAGCUGGAGGCUGAAGGAUGCAGCGUAGAGGAGCUGGAUCAUCAUAUUGAUAUGCUGCAUGAAUACAAUGACAUUAAAGACAUUGGACAGUCACUCCUGGGCCGUAUUGCUGCUGUGCAGGGAACCACCACACGAGAUCUCUACAGCCAUUUUGGUCUGGAACUGGAUGACUGAAGAAGAAAAAAAGUAUGAAAUUACAUUGGUGAGAAUGGUUCUUCAGACUGAGGGGAGAGGGGCUUAAAGGGACCUUUUGAUCAAAGUUUGGAUUUGGACUUAAGAUGUGACGAGAGGAACUGUGUUGACCUCAACCGGCAGACAAAGGUCUGCCCGUUUUCUUGGUGAUUUUUAUGUUCACCUCUUUACCGAGACCGAUUUCAACACUGGUAAUGAGCAUAAGAGGAGAAUGACGCUGGUCCUGCAGGCAGACAUUACAUGUAAGAGGCCAUCUACUCAAACCAUUAACUUACGGCAUUGUUUUGACAUUUGAGCCUUUGUAAAUGGAGUUUGGAUGAAGGUAUGCAGGAUGGCUACAUGAAUGUUAAUUACUUUUCUGACUUUUGUUUAUUUACAAAAAAGAGGGAAUUCUGGGGUGUUAACUUGAAGUGUAAAAUAAAAUGUAUUAGCUACAAGUAUAAUAUGCUUUCUACGUUGACCGUAACAUGUAAUAAAUAGGCACUUGGACCACCACAGACAGUCUGCCCUUUGCAUUAUCCCCUCAUUGUCCACUAUGGAAACUCUAACAGAUGCAUCAUAGUUAUAGCAUUCAUUUUUUGGAAUGAAAUACUUUGAUCUAUGUCCAAAGGUAUAACAAUACACUGACAAUUUUUUAUAUUCAUGCCUUUUUUAAGAUUUAAAUGGAUACAUUAAGUUUAUUUUGUAAGGCUUUACUCUUAUAACACAUCAUGUGACAUAUUUGUUUGUUAACAUCUCCCUUAAGGUCACGUUAAUCACCAACACUUUA